GAUCACUUAACUUUUCUCCUGACUCCUAAUUUAACCUCCUAAGUUUACUCCUGGCUCACCUUUUCCAAAAGAAUUUUGUUGAAAUGAAUCAUUCAGGUAAGGAAUUUGGUGGUGCUGUGCCGACCAUGUGGCGUUUGGAUAGUAGCCCAACACCAUGUAAGCAGGAAGAUAUAAGGCUUGACUCGAUUACUCCAUUGGAUUUCUCCAAGAAAGCCAAGAACUUUAGCCCUCUCGAGCCGUUUCUGGGUGUUCUUGGGUUCAUUUUGGUCACUUUCCUCUUCAUUGGUUGCUUAUUCAACUUUCACUACCGUGCCGUCCACUUCCGUGGAGUUCCAUGGCUUGGAUUCGUUGGGGUUGGAUCAUCACCGUCAUUGUAAGCAUCACCGCCACCAACGGUGGCUCUGAAUGUGAACGGACGGGUGGGGUCUCUUUAAGAAGAUGGCAAUAGUAGCGACGUCUAUGAUGGGAACUGGGUUUGGGGUGAUGACUAUCUGUUAUAUCAGAGUCAAGAUUAUCCCUUUGGUUGUAAAUUUUUGUCUGGGAUGAUGACUUCCGUGGGAUAAAGAUAAUUAAUUGCA